AUGGCUUCUGACCAGAGCCAUGGCGAUCUCGAUCGGGCAUUGAACGCUCUUGGACCCGACAGCCCCGGCCCUCAGAGCCUGUCCUUCCACCUUUCUCAGUCUGCUUCCUGCUGCCGUGUCGAAACCGAAGACUCCAUGAAAAUUGACCUCUCCAGAGAUGACAUUCCAUACUUGUCUUGCUUUCUCACAGCCUUGAGCUGCCACAGCUCCCUCAGAAGCUUGGAAUUCAAUCUUGUCGAUUGGGAACUCGAGCAAUUGCGAGAGCUUUGUGAGUUGCUUGAUGGUAAUUUGAGUGUUAGGCAAGUUGUGUUUCGACGAAACAGAUUGAGUAAAGAAUGCUUGGUGGAGUUGUGUCGUGUUUUGAGGACGAACAAAGGGAUGAAGGAGGUUAUGUUUUCAGAAUGCGGAAUUGGGUCAGUUGGGGUUGGUUUGAUUGCCUCUGGUUUGAAGGAGAAUGGUUCGUUGGAGGAGUUACAGAUUUGGGAGGACUCGAUCGGGUUGAAAGGAGCGGAAGAACUCUCGAAGAUGGUCGAAGAAAACUCAACUCUGAAGUUGUUGUCCAUUUUUGACUCAAAUUCAAUCACUAUAACCCCAUUGAUAUCUGCAGUUUUGGCCAUGAAUAGGAAUAUGGAAGUGCACAUUUGGAGUGGAGAAAAUGGAGGAAAAAGUUCAAAGGUGGUUGAGUUUGUGCCUGGUAAUAGCACACUCAGAAUCUAUAGGCUCGACAUAAAUGGCGCUUGCAGGGUUGCCUGUGCGCUCGGGUUAAACUCAACGGUUAAGACGCUGGACAUGACUGGAAUCCGGUUGAAAUCUCGGUGGGCAAAGGAGUUCCGACGGGCGUUGGAGCAAAACCAAUGCCUGAAGGAGGUGAAGUUGUCAAAAACUCACUUAAGAGAUGAGGCAAUUCUGCAUGUAGCAGCUGGACUUUUCAAGAACAAGCACUUGCAGAGUUUGUUUCUUGAUGGAAACUUGUUUACGGGCAUCGGAGUCGAGCAUUUACUCUGCCCUUUAAGCCGGUUCUCGGCCCUGCAACUUCAAGCAAACAUAACUCUCAAAUAUGUAACAUUUGGAGGUCGGAAAAAUAAGAUAGGAAGAGAUGGGCUUGCAGCCAUUUUACGGAUGCUAACGACAAACGAAACUCUAACUCAUCUCGGGAUAUACGAUGAUCAUACCUUGAGACCCAACGACGUAGUAAGAAUCUUCAGAAGUUUAGAAAAGAACGCCUCCUUGAGACACCUAUCGUUACGCGGAUCCAAAGGUGUAGAUGGAGACAUGGUGUUGCAGACAAUAAUGGAGAUGCUCGAGGUGAACCCCUGGAUCGAAGACAUCGACCUCUCAGGAACUCCUCUUCAAACUUCCGGGAAAGCCGAUAGAGUUUACCAAAGAUUAGGACAGAACGGGAACACCGAUCUCGAGCCCCAGGCAGAUUCAUUGGACAUGACCUUGACAGAGCCAAAAAGUUGUAGGAUUUUCUUCUGUGGGCAAGAAUAUGCAGGUAAAACUACUUUGAGUAACUCCAUAUUACAGAACUUUUGUUCUUCAAAACUUCCCUUCACAGACCAAGUCAGAUCUUUAGUGGCUCCAGUUGAACAGGCAGUAAGAACAGUUGGAAUGAAGAUAAAAACUUUCAAAGAUGAAGACAUAAAAUUAUCAAUUUGGAAUCUAGCUGGUCAGCAUGAAUUCUGUUCUCUCCAAGAUCUCAUGUUUCCAGGGCCAGGAAGUGCAUCAGUUUUUGUGAUCAUCAGCAGUUUAUUCAGGAAACCAGGUAACAAAGAACUGAAACAUCCGACAGAGAUAGAAGAAGAUGUCCAGUAUUGGCUAAGGUUCAUAGUCUCCAACUCGAAAAAAGCAGCACAACAAUGCGUGCUUCCAAAUGUAACUUUGGUUCUCACACAUCAUGACAAACUCAUUCAACCUUCACAUGACUUGCAGCAAACUUUGACUUCGAUUCAGGGAUUGAGAGACAAAUUCCAAGGUUUUGUCGACAUCUACCCGACAGUAUUUACGGUCGAUGCACGCUCGUCAGCAUCAGUAAAUAAACUCUUGCAUCACCUUCAGAGAACGAGUCGGACUAUCCUCCAAAGAGUUCCGCGAGUUUACCAGCUAUGUAAUGAACUGAUACAAAUUUUGACAGACUGGAGAUCAGAAAACUACAACAAGCCAGCAAUGAGAUGGAAAGAGUUUCAAGAUCUAUGUCAACUUCAGAUUCCACAGCUACGAAUCCGCUCGAGGCGUGGCAGUAAAGAUAAGAUCGAAACGAGGAGGAAGGCUAUUGCUAGAUGCUUACAUGACCAAGGAGAGGUGAUUUACUUUGAAGAAUUAGGAUUUAUAAUAUUAGAUUGUGAUUGGUUCUGUGGAGAAGUUCUUGGCCAACUAAUCAGAUUAGAAUUUAAAAGCCAAUCAACCAACAAUAGUGGAUUUAUCAGUAGGAAAGAACUGGAAAAAGUUUUAAGAGGUAAGUUACAGAGCCAGAUCCCGGCCAUGAGUUCGAAGGUAUUCGAAAACUUACAAGCUAGCGACGUAGUGGGAAUGAUGCUCAAACUGGAACUUUGUUACGAACAAGACCAAUCCGACCAGAAUUCCCCAUUGUUAAUCCCCUCAGUUCUCGAAGAGGGUAGAGGAAAGCCGCAGAGAUGGCCAUUAAGUAUGCCCGACUGCAUCUACGCAGGGAGACACCUAGAGUGUGAUGAUUCGAGCCAUAUGUUUCUAACUCCUGGCUUUUUUCCGCGACUACAGGUGCAUCUGCAUAACAAAAUCAUGGGACUAAGGAACCAAUAUGUAGCAACUUAUAGUUUGGAGAAAUACCUGAUCACAAUAAACAUCAAUGGCAUUUAUGUCAGGGUAGAGCUUGGAGGCCAAAUGGGGUACUAUAUCGAUGUCUUGGCGUGCUCCACAAAGAGCUUGACGGAGACUCUUCGAUUUAUCCAGCAGCUUAUAAUCCCUGCAAUUCACGACCUCUGCCAUGGCAUCAUCUUGACCGAAAGCAUUAUCAGGCCUGAAUGCGUGAGAAAUUUGAUACCACCGAGACACAGGAAAAUCCAACAUGUCUCCAUCCAACAACUGAAACUAGCAUUGCUUUCCGUUCCUGCUGAGGGGAUGUAUGAAUAUCAGCACACAUGGUGCCCCGUGUCAGAUGGAGGUAGAGAAAUUCUUGCAGUUGGCUUUGAUUUUGCUCGAGACCUCUUAUCCGAUGAUGAUUUCCGGGAAGUUUUGCAUAGGAGGUAUCAUGACCUUUACAACCUUGCCGUUGAACUGCAAGUCCCACAUGAAAACAACUUAGAAGUAGUAGAUCAGUCGCUAUCCAAUGACGAAACGGACAAAGUCGAAGCAACCUUUGGUGGAAUUGCAAAAGGAGUCGAAGCUGUUUUGCAGAGAUUAAAGAUCAUUGAACAAGAAAUCAGAGACUUAAAGCAGGAGAUAAAAGGUCUAAGAUAUUAUGAGCAUAGACUCCUACUUGAGCUUCAUCGCAAAGUGAACUACCUAGUGAAUUACAACGUCGAAAUCGAAGAAAGGAGAGUACCCAACAUGUUCUAUUUUGUUAGAACAGAAAACUACUCAAGAAGAUUGAUUACCAACCUGAUUUCCGGAAUGAAUGCUCUCCGACUACACAUGUUAUGCGAGUUCCGAAGGGAAAUGCAUGUGGUUGAAGAUCAGAUAGGCUGUGAAGUAAUGCAGAUUGACAAUAUGGCAGUCAGGUCUUUAGCUCCAUACAUGACAAAGUUCAUGAAACUGGUAACAUUCUCUCUCAGAAUAGGAGCCCAGGUAGCAAUAGGAAUGGGGCACAUGAUCCCAGAUUUGAGUCGGGAGGUUGCGCAUCUAGCCGAUUCGUCUCUUUUUUACGGGGCAGCAGCUGCAGGAGCGGUUGGGGCUGCAGCUAUGGGACGCAGGGGAAGAAGCAGAGCUGGGGACAUUCACCAAGAUCUUAGAACAGCACAGCAAUGGGUUAUGGAUUACUUGAGAGAACAAAGAUGUUCAACCGGAAAAGACAUUGCCGAGAAGUUCGGGCUGUGGAGGGUGAGAUACCGGGAUGAUGGUCACAUUGCAUGGAUCUGCAGAAGGCACAUGAGCCUCAGAGCACAUGAAAUUAUUGAAGUUCCCAUUUGAAAUGCCCAACAUAAUUCAUAAUAUGCAAACUAACAUCAAAAUUUACAACAAUAAAAUUUUCUCCCAAGCUUAGAUCUUCUACUGAAAUUAUUUCUUGUGGAAAUUCUAUAGUCCAUUGUUUUGAAUUUCUA